CAAGUAAGAUCACAAGUGGUCUUUUCUUUUUUCACUCUCUCCCAUAAAGAAAGCUUUAUCACGUGUGGCCUUAAACUUGCAGCAAAUUGCAAGGAAAUGGCUCAAAGGCUUCAGCUCUUUCUGUGCCCUGGGAGCUGAGAUGAGCGUCAGUGGCCUUGCCAGCCUGGCCAAUUCUCUGCAGACUGCCAGAAAAAAAGAGGCCAGGAGGAAAGACGAAAAAGAGAAGAGAUUGCCCAGGGUGAGACCAUGCCCUUCAUCUUUGCUUUCCCUUAAUCCUCCCUGGCUGUGUCCACCCAAGCUCUCCCCACCUGGCAAAACUGUUCAAAAUUGCUGUGGAAUUUACCUCAGUUUCCCCUUGCAGUCUGUGGUCCAGCCUCUUGCUGAACACGUUGAGAGGAACUGGUAGUCUUUGAUCUCCACCUCCAGAUCAGAGGCAAGGAAUACUUUUAUAAUGGACACUUCAUCCAAAGAAAAUAUCCAGUUAUUCUGCAAAAAUUCAGCACAACCUGUUGGAAGGACUUCCUUGAAAACAGAAUAUCCCUCCUCAGAGGAAAAACAACCUUGCUGUGGUGAACUAAAGCUGUUCCUGGGUGCCUUGUCUUUCGUUUAUUUUGCCAAAGCAUUGGCAGAAGGCUAUCUGAAGAGCACCAUCACUCAGAUAGAGAGAAGGUUUGAUAUCCCUUCUUCACUGGUGGGAGUUAUUGAUGGUAGUUUUGAAAUUGGGAAUCUCUUAGUUAUAACAUUUGUUAGCUACUUUGGAGCCAAACUUCACAGGCCAAAAAUUAUUGGAGCAGGUUGCCUAAUCAUGGGAGUUGGAACAUUGCUCAUUGCAAUGCCUCAGUUCUUCAUGGACCAGUACAAAUAUGAGAGGUAUUCUUCUUUCCCCAAUUCUACUCUCAGCAUCUCUCCGUGUCUCCUAGAGUCAAGCAGUCAGUUACCGAUCUCGGUUCUGGAAAAAUCACAAUCCAAAAUAAGUGAUGAAUGUGAAGUUGAUGCCAGCUCCUCCAUGUGGGUUUAUGUUUUCCUGGGAAACCUUCUCCGUGGAAUAGGAGAAACUCCCAUUCAGCCUCUGGGAAUUGCCUACCUGGAUGAUUUUGCCAGUGAAGACAAUGCAGCUUUCUAUAUUGGGUGUGUGCAGACAGUUGCAAUUAUAGGACCGAUCUUUGGCUUCCUGUUAGGCUCAUUGUGUGCCAAACUGUAUGUUGACAUUGGCUUUGUAAACCUAGAUCACAUAACCAUUACCCCAAAGGAUCCCCAAUGGGUAGGAGCCUGGUGGCUUGGUUAUCUAAUAGCAGGAAUCAUAAGUCUUCUUGCAGCUGUGCCUUUCUGGUGUUUACCAAAGAGUCUACCAAGACCCCAAAGUGGAGAGGAUUCUAAUUCCUCCACUGAGAAAUCCAAGUUUAUUAUCGAUGAUCACACAGACUACCAAACACCCCACGGAGAAAAAGCAAAAAUAAUGGAAAUGGCAAAAGAUUUUCUUCCAUCACUGAAGAAUCUUUUUGGAAAUCCAGUGUACUUCCUGUAUUUGUGUACAAGCACUGUUCAGUUCAAUUCUUUAUUUGGCAUGGUGACAUAUAAACCAAAGUACAUUGAGCAACAGUAUGGGCAGUCAUCUUCCAAGGCCAACUUUGUUAUUGGGCUCAUCAACAUACCUGCAGUGGCCCUUGGAAUAUUCUCUGGUGGGAUAGUCAUGAAAAAAUUCAGAAUCAGUGUGUGUGGUGCUGCAAAACUCUACUUGGGAUCAUCUGUCUUUGGUUACCUCCUGUUCCUUUCCCUGUUUGCACUGGGCUGUGAAAAUUCUGACGUGGCAGGACUAACUGUCUCCUACCAAGGAACCAAACCUGUCUCUUAUCAUGAACGAGCUCUCUUUUCAGAUUGCAACUCAAGAUGCAAAUGUUCAGAGACAAAAUGGGAGCCCAUGUGUGGUGAAAAUGGAAUCACAUAUGCAUCAGCUUGUCUUGCUGGUUGUCAAGCCUCCAACAGAAGUGGAAAAAAUAUUAUAUUUUAUAACUGCACCUGUGUGGGAAUUGCAGCUUCUAAAUCAGGAAAUUCCUCAGGCAUAGUGGGCAGAUGUCAAAAAGAUAAUGAAUGCCCCCAAAUGUUUCUCUAUUUCCUUAUAAUUUCAGUCAUCACAUCCUAUACGUUAUCCCUAGGUGGCAUACCUGGAUACAUAUUACUUCUGAGGUGCAUUAAGCCACAACUUAAGUCUUUUGCCCUGGGUAUCUACACCUUAGCCAUAAGAGUUCUUGCAGGAAUCCCAGCUCCAGUAUAUUUUGGAGUUUUGAUUGACACGUCAUGCCUCAAAUGGGGAUUUAAAAGAUGUGGAAGUAGAGGAUCCUGCAGAUUAUAUGAUUCGAAUGCUUUCAGACACAUAUAUCUGGGACUAACUGUGAUAUUGGGCACAGUGUCCAUUUUCCUAAGCAUGGCAGUACUUUUCAUUUUAAAGAAAAAUUAUGUUUCAAAGCAUAGAAGCUUCAUAACCAAGAGAGACAGAACGAUGGUGUCUGAAAGAUUCCUGAAGGAAAAUUGUACUACGAAUGAUCAUUUGCUACAGCCCAACUACUGGCCAGGCAAGGAAACACGACUUUAGAAAAUGUUUUCUAAUUGGUGGACAUUUUGCAAACAAAUAAAUUUUAAUCAAAAGCAUUCUAAAUGUGUAAUUUCUUUCUCCUGUCAAAAAAUGUCUGCUUUGUUUUUGACCCUAGGCAUUAGAUAAUAUACCUGAUAACAAAUAUAAUUAAACAUAUAACAGAAGAUGCAGAUGAUAAAACUAAUUUAAAACUUUUAAUUUAUAUACAAUUUCUUAUAUUAUUUACUUAUUCUGCUUUAUUUUUCCUUGUGCCCAACUAUGUAUUAGCUGUAUUUCUAGUAGAACAAUUGUCCUUAUUGUCUUAUGCGUGGUUAUAUUUAAAGAAAUUUCUAAAGUGAGUUACUUGUGUAGAGUAAGAGAACACUGUUAAAAAAUUAAUUCUUGGGCUUCUUCAAGAAUCGCCUUAAUGACGAUGUUAGGAUUAAGCCAGAACACGGAGAGAAAGAUUUCAUUUUAAACUCCUUCUUUUCUUUGAAAUGCAACAAUUGACAUAGAAAUGUAUAGUAGCAAAUGAUCUUGGAGGUUAGACUUUUGGAUUAUUAUUCUACUCUUCUACUAUUCAUUUGCAUGUGCUUUUUGUGUGACACUAUAAGUGACCAUGGUUGUAAAGUAAUAAAAUUAAUGUUAACAUGCGUUAUUGUCCUUCUGUGACUCAAGUGGAUUAAAGAAUAUUGUUAAAUACAAUACUACCCAUAUUUUAUUGUAUAUAUGCUCCCUACUUAUGGAUAUGAUGUGUUCCUAAAAGAUGCUUGAAAGUUGAAUUUCCGACAGUCUACAAUAAGCUUAGGUGUUAUAACAGGAGAGAGACGGAUGAGCGAUGGUAAGGCCAGGUGUGGUACCUUUUGGUGCUCCGCUUGUCGUCUAGCACAGGGUCUGGAGACUCCUGGUAUAAGAAGCUGCCAUGGGUGCAGCCUGCUAGAUGGCUCUGUUUCUCUGCAACUGAAAAACUCAAGCCAGGCAUUUCCAUUUCCUCUUGCCUGGCUCCUUGGCGCUCCUCUCACUAGGGUUAGUAGGUUCGGCAGGCCACCAUCUUUAAUCUUCAGCUCUAGUAUGUGCUGUGUUUUUCUUCCUCCACCAUAGCUUCCAGGAAAAGCAGACUUAAGACAGAGACCACCCUAGGUGAGGCAACCUAUUCUGCUACCACCAGCUCACACUCAACACUGUCUGCAUUCUGUUAGUCCUGUACAAACAGGGAAAGACUGGGUAGAAUAAAAAGUUGGGUUAGGGAAAAAAAAAAAAGCCUGAAGGACAUUCUGUAUGAGUGCAGCCACAGAGUCCCUCGAAUGGACGAGAGGAGGACUUAUGCUUACCAAGGAGAUUUUCAAGGUCAGAAUGGAGGCCCAUAAUUCGAUUAUAUGCCAAACACUCCAAAAAUUGUAUUAAUCUUUACAGCAGUCUUAGUAUCAGAAUCCCCAUGAUAAAACUGAGGCUGAGAGAGGUUAGAUAAAUUCCUUAACCUCGGAGGGGCACAGUCAGGAUUCAACCCAGAUAUAAACCUAAAAUUGUCUUUCCAACCUGACUCAAUAACAUGAUGCUAAAUAAACUGCUUCUAUUAUUGGUAC